AAAGGAAAAAGUACCUCCCGGCGGCGGGUCAAACGACAACUCCGUCAUCUAAAACCCUAACCUUAACCCUAACCCUAACCCUAACCAAAACCUUCAACCAAUGGCCGGAGGUCGAUUCCGCGAGCUCUUAAACAAAUACGGCAAGGUCGCUCUCGGCGUCCACCUCUCCGUAUCCGCCGCAAGCAUCACCGGCCUCUACAUCGCCAUUAAAAACAACCUCGACGUUGAAUCGGCGUUAGAAAAGGUCCGAUUUAAGCAGCUGGAAUCGAUCCUCGAAAAAGUCGGUAUGGCUGGACCUAAAGAAGAAGAAUCAGAUGCUGAUAUUUCAAAUCCGAAAUCGAAGCAGAGGAAUCGGACGGCGGAGCUGGUGGCGUCGAGCGGCGGAGCGUUGGCGCUGGCGGUUCUGUGUAAUAAGGCUCUGUUUCCGGUUAGGGUUCCGAUUACGAUUGCGGUUACUCCGCCGGUUGCUAGGUUUUUGGCCAGGAGACAGAUUAUUAAAAGCUGAUUAUUAUAUUUUGUUUAUUUAUGAUUAAAUGUUAUGAGAUUUGUGAAUUAUUGUUGUUAGAUGUUAAAGUUGAGUGUUUUUGUAUAAUAUGAAUAAUGAUGAAUGCAAGAUGAAUUUGUGUUUAGUGAUGGCA